AUGUCAGGUGCAGAAACUUUCCUCCACGGGCGCCCUUCGCCGUGGGUUAGAGCGGUGUCUCGUCGCUCUUACCUCCUUGUUUCUUCUCUGACUGACCGUCUUGCUUCCUCCAGCGUCACCUCUAUCUCUUCUUCCUCGUCGUCUUUCCCUCCUUCUUUCCCUUCUUUCUCUUCUUUCUCGACCCUUUCCUCGCCUUUCCCUUGCUCCCCUCGCCAGGGCGGAAGCCUGGCUUCCGCGCUGCUCUCAGGGAGGCCCCAGCGAAUCUCCACAGCGAGCGUCUCUAGAGACGCAGAGUUGAACUCUGCGCACCGAUUUCCCGCUCCAACGUGGCGAUUCGCCCACCUGGGUCGCGAGGAAGGCGCGAAAAGCCGAGGAAAAAGGGACCAGAGACAGCGCCCGCGAACGCCGCUGCCGCCCAGCCGAGGGUUCUCCACGUGCGCGCUCUCGGACCUUCUCGGCGACGAGGAGGCGCGAACCGAAGUCCAACGCUUCAAAAGCAGGGAGGCCUUUGCGCCUGGGAAGAGCAUGACACGAGAAGCGAGAAACGACGCCCAGUGCCCACCCAAAGGGACACCAGAAAAUGCACAGUCCCGACACUUCUUCUCUUGGCUGCUCUUCCCUCUCGGCGCUCUCCUAGGCGCAGCUCUACACUCCUCUUCUUCCUCUUCUUCCUCUUCUUCUUCUUCCUCUUCUUCUUCCUCUUCCUCUUCUUUCGCUUCUGUGUUUUCGCGUUUUGUGGGUUCUCCGUUUUCCCGUCCGGCGCGGUGUUGCGGCAUCGUGGGGUACGUCGGGGACAAGGAGGCCGAGCCGGUGUUGAUGGAGGGUCUGGAGAUCCUCCAGAAUCGCGGCUACGACUCAUGCGGCAUCACGUCGAUCUCGGCCGCGGGGCAGCUUGUCACCACCAAGUUCGCGAGUCGUGGAUCCACGUGCGACUCGAUCGAGAUCCUGCGCAGAGAGGGGAAACUGCCGCACCGGGGGAACCACAUUGGCAUUGCGCACACCCGCUGGGCGACACACGGCAGCAAGACCGACGAGAACGCGCAUCCGCACCACGACUGGAAAGACCGGAUUUCUCUCGUCCACAACGGCACCAUCGACAACUACGCGGUCCUGAAGAAGGCUCUCCUCGACCGUGGAUGCGCCUUCCGAUCCAACACGGACUCGGAAGUCAUCGCCAAUCUCAUCGGCUGGUAUCUCGACCAACCCGCCGACGAAGACACUCCUGCAGCGCCGCCCUCUGCCGUGGAGUCUGGGGAGGCGGCGACUGCGCCCUCCGUCGAGCAGCGCGGGAAGACUCUGAACUUUGAGGAGGCGGUCAAGCGCGCAGUGGGAGAGCUGCAGGGGACUUGGGGGCUGUGCAUCGUGCACAAGGACCACCCGGACCGCCUCGUUCUCGCGCGGAACGGCUCGCCGCUCCUCGUCGGGGCGGUGGGGGACCAGGUGUUUGUGGCGUCGGAGCCGGCGGCGCUGGCGCGCCACACGAACCAGUAUCUGAUGCUCAAGGACGGAGAGAUCGCUGUGGUAACGGCGCAGGGCGUCGGCCAGCUGGAGGCGACGCGGCCUGUCCACCGGAUUGCGAAGGAAACGAUUGAGCUGUCGCCUGCGCCGUACGCCCACUGGACUCUGAAGGAGGUGUUCGAGCAGCCCCAGGCGCUGGCCCGCGCGAUGAACCACGGCGGGCGCAUCGCGCCCUACCAGAACCGCGUGAAGCUCGGCGGCCUCGACCAAAACCGCGACGCCCUGUUGACUGUGCGCAGUCUCCUGCUCUGCGGCUGCGGCACGUCGCUGUAUGCAGGCAUGUACGGCGAGCUUCUCAUGCAGUGGCUUCGAUGCUUCGACCAAGUGCGCGCCGUGGACGCCAGCGAGGUGGACGUCCACCACUUCCCCCGCAGCGACGCAGGCGUCCUCCUCCUCUCGCAGUCCGGAGAGACGCUCGACACCGUGCGCGCCUGCCAGCUAGCGGACUUCCAGGGCCUGAAGAAAUUCUCCGUCGUCAACCAAGUCGGAUCCCUCCUCGCCCGCAUGACCAACUGUGGAGUGUACGUGAACGCCGGCCGAGAAGUCGCGGUCGCCUCCACGAAAGCCUUCACCUCGCAGGUCGCGGUCUUGUCGCUGAUUGCGGCUUGGUUUGCCCAGAACCAGUCGAGGCAGGCGUUUCCCGAUCGGUGCAACGCACUGAUGGACGCGAUCCACCGGCUGCCGGUGUACGCAGGCAUGACGCUGAACUGUCGACCGUUGUGCCGCGAGAUUGCCAGUCGUCUGAAAGACGCCAAGACGCUCUUUGUCUUGGGCAAGGGGUUCGGCUACCCCGUGGCUCUCGAGGGCGCCUUGAAGAUCAAAGAGCUCGCGUAUCUCCACGCCGAGGGGUUUCCCGCGGGUGCGCUCAAGCACGGGCCCUUUGCGCUCAUUGACGAGAAGGAGAAGACGCCGGUGAUUCUCGUCAUCUUGGCCGAUCAGCACGCAGCCUCGCUCCUGAACGCCGCACAACAAGUCAAAGCGCGCGGCGCGCAUUUGAUCUGCGUGACAGACGAGCCGGACAUCGUGCGCGACGUCGCCGACGACAUCCUCGUUGUCCCUUCGAACGGGCCGCUGACUGCGCUGCUUGCAUGCAUUCCGCUCCAGCUGCUCGCCUACGAACUCGCACUCGCCAAGGGAAUCAACCCCGACAAACCCAGAGGCCUCGCAAAAACAGUCACCGUCAUGUGA